AGCAUAUAUGUUGAGAAGAGAAAAUAAAUUUUGCAGGGUCAUGAUACUUCAGCAAACAUGAUAUAUGAGUAGAGCACUGAAUGGUAUGCGCGCAGCUUCCAGUCAGGAGCAGAUGGGCGUGGAUGAAGACAUCGUUAGUUAUCAGAUAUAAUCACAGGAGAAGACAGUAAACUGUGAAAGAUGCAUGAUGAUGUAACAUGAUGUGAAAAAAUGAGUUUUAACCAUACAAAAGAAUGAGUGACACUCUACCAUCAUCACGACCAAAAAUAGAAGUUGUUCGCCUUCCAUCACACGAGCAAGCCAAACUUCGACCAUUGUUGGAAGGCGGGGUACAACUUCGAGCUCAAUUUCAGCACUUGCGUUAUGGAGAUUAUGCCAGUUACAGUAGUUUGGAUAAUGGCAGCAAGCAGUGUUUCAGAUUUUGUGACCAUGAAUAUAUGGGACAUAAGCCACCACUGGCAACCAAGUCACUGGACAACAUCUUUGCAAGACAGCUGACUUAUGGUACAGAACAAGGAAGUCCUUUCCUGUGGCAAGACGCAACCCGUAGUGAGGAGCAGCUCUAUCAUGCUCCACACACGUUCUCUGGAACAACAUGUUCUGCCAAUAAAGCUUCUCGCCUUUCUGGAGCACGAUCACAUAUAUCAGCACUUCUGAAGAAAUUGUCUCUCUGGCCACAUCAUAAGGCUGCUUCACGAGACAGUCCCUGGGUUGUGGUAGAAUUUUCUAAAUGUCCAGAUGACACUGGGAGGGUGAACUCUGUUACUUCAGAUCAAAGUUUGGAUAUGCCUGUAAUGGCAACUGGACCAUGGAGAGAGCAGGCAGCAAAUAAUAAAAACAUUCAGGAACAGGUGUCUUGUGUUGGGUCUGAUAGACCUUGCAAGCAAGGAGAGGACAAGCAACAUCGAUCAUUAGGUACUGGUCUUGCCGUGAGAAAACGUCGGGCUGCUUUCAACACAGGCAGCAAUCGUCAGGUGAGCGGUGGCACUGCUGCCGCUAAGGUGAAGGCUAAAGUGGCGGCCACAUCGCGGCCUCACACGCUGCGAAUCCAGCUGUCCAGCCAUCAUCAGCACAGCUACAGCAUGGCCUCUGAUGAAUCCAUCGGCAGCUGCUCACUUGAUGCUGAUAUCACAGCUAGUGAUGCUUCAGAAUGUGUGGAUUUGGGUGCAGUAUCUGCCUGUACGCUAAGAAGUCUGCAACUGUCAACAAAAACUCCUGACCCUGACUAUGUAGCUACCAAAUCCCACGGUGGUGCCUCUACACCUGAAUAUGUUAAGCGAACUGCUCGUCUCUUUGAAUCCUCUGAUGGCACAGUCAUAGGAAGUCAGUCACCUAAAUGUUCAACGCUUCAAAACAGUGGAAAGCUUGUCAGUUCUAGUAAAACUUGUGAUGUUCCAAGUGUGAUAGUUAAUGGAAGCAAAUCACUGAAGACUGGAGAGAAUGUAUUAAAUGGUGAUGGUUUUUCAGGGAAAAAACCGUCUUAUUUAGGUCUGGCUUGCACAGUAAGUGGCUAUAGUGGCAUCACGACUUAUGAUAGUAAACUUCGUGAAGGAUUCCGUUCACGAGAUCAUAGCCCGGGACGUUUAGGUAUCAUAAAAAGUCAUGAGGUGAGUCCCCAGCGACAAGGAACUGAUCAUUUUGAAAACCAUCUAAUACCAACUUACAAAUCAGACUGUGGGAAUUUUCUGGUUGCACCACCAGCAAAAACAAAUGCCCUAGUUGGUGUUGAUGCUGACAAAGUGGAAUCUGUAUCACACUUGAAAUCAGGAUCAGCUAGAACAGAAGCAGCCCCACCUGGAAGUGGUAGUACAAACAUAAGCACACAUUGUAGUGGAAAUCAAACACAUCUGAUAAGUCACAUGAAUGGGGAUAAAGUAGGACAAAAGGAAAACAAAAUGCAGAGCCCUCAGUCACAAAGGACGAUUGGAGAUGGGGGAAAAUUUUCAGCAACAAUGCAUCAUAUGGUGAAUGGUGUUUCUGAAAAAAUAGGUAUCACAGCAACCGAAUCUAAUUAUACACGUUUAGAAAGUUCUAGAUAUGUAGAUAGUUAUAGUGGUUCCAAUAAGGAGGAAUUUUUUUCUGACUCACCGUCUAAUAUACGAGAAUCAACACAAAAUUUCAUGUCCUCACUGUUGACAACUGAAUCUUCAUUUUCUUCAGCAUGUUAUGAAUCUUCAGUUAUACAAACAACAACAAAAUCAAGAGCUGUAACAGAUUUUUCUUCACCUCAUAAGAACUCUUCUUUGACUUCAGUGCCUAGAGAAGGUUUUGGAGUGUUUUCUCCUAUCAGAUGCUCACCAGAAUCACCAAAGACUGCCCUGAGAGAUUCUCCGGGUUCCCAUGUCACUUCUUCUCCUAGAGAUAGUUCCAGCCUGUCGUCACCCUUGAAGCGUUCUCCAGAUUCUCCAAAAACUUCAUCAAGAGAUUCCCUCAUGGCGCCUGCAACAAUGUCCCCUCAAAAGCAAUCGCCUGGAGCUGUUCGAGUAGUAGAAUUCACAUCUCAGACAAAAAGCUAUGUGCGUACAGCUUUUGUAUCCAGUAAUUCCAUGGAGUCUGCUUCAACAUGUAAAACUCAGGGUUAUUCAGGUUCACCUCAACUUAAGGGUCUUCUGGAUGGAGCACAGACAACAAGCUAUGUGAAAAAUGUUUGCUCUGGGCUAACCACAUGUGGCUUGAUCGACAGUGUGGGCUCUUCUGAUGCAUUGGCAGCCCAAACUAAUGGCUCAAAUUUGGAUAAUGCAGUGUGGGCUACCAAGUCUUUCAUUCAGCAGAGGGUGGAGCGUUUAUAUGGUCCUGGCGCAUUGGCUCAAGGUUUCUUUAGAAGAACACGCCAGAAACCUCCAGAUGAAGUUCAGGGUCCCUCUGAAGGCUGUAUUCUACACAAUGGCCACCAUAAUAGCACUAGUCCUUCACUGCCAGUGUUGAGGCAUUUACGCCCAGAAUUUCGUGCUCAGUUAUCUUUAGGACCUUCAACUAAGAAACUAUAUGAACGUAAUGCUGAUACAUCUGCUGUUGAAGAAGACAUUACAGACAUACCUAAGCGGUCUACAGCAGAGGUUAUACCACUUCAGCAGCAAAUUUCAGUAGAAAGCUUGACAGAAAGCCUCACAGACCUGCAGCCUGCAGCACCUGAAGUAGUUCUACCCAUUGAACAGUCUCAGGCAGUUUCCAGUCUGCCGGCUGAACAGUCAGAAGAUAGUGUAGAUCCAGUAUCUCUAAAACACAAGGAUGGACAUUAUUUCUUGAGGUUGCUGAAGCAAGAGAUAGAUAGACUGAAUGGACUUGUGGAAGUUGCAGAAACAGACUUGGCAAAUGGAGAAUUGCUGCCUGAGGAAGCUUUAGGAAAGCUACGUUCUGCCUCAGGGCAAGCGAGAUUGCUAAUACGACAGAAACUGCAGCAGUUUGAAGGGCUGUGCCACAAGAACAUUGCACAGAAUUCAGAAGAGCCAUUCCCAACAACCAGUGAAGAUCUGGCAGGAUUCUGGGAUAUGGUUAUGCUCCAAGUUGAGCAUGUGAACAGGCUGUUUGCAGAGAUUACAGCUCUUAAGGCAGCUGACUGGGUAGAGGCUAGAGUUCCAAACAAGGAUGUGUCAGAUGGUGCAGCGAAACGUAAAAUUGUGUGCGGAUCAAAACGUAGUUCAGCUGCUCCAGUCAAGAGUUCUGCUAGCAGUGAGGCAGCUCGAAAGGCUCGUGAAGAAGGUCGUAGGAAGAUGAUGGAAGAAAGACGCAGAGCUCUGCGUGAGAAGCGGGAUCCUUCUGCUACAUCAGGGCAGGUAGAAAUAUUCAUACCACAAGAAAAUGGUAAGUAGUGAAGGCAAGCUAACUUUGAUGAUGAAUGCAAAAUGUGACUACCAGGUAUUGGCAGUGUUUUUUCACAGCAAGUGGAUUAUAAAGCUUCUGAAUUAAAAGGUGUAAUAAUAUUCUGAUAUAUAAGAGUUUGAAUUUGAACAUAAUAUAAUAGCUGAAAUAAGUUACUGGAAUGACAUGACAGAAGUGCAGAGUGAACCAGGCUAAAGGUUAAAUCAUAGAUCUAUAUUUAAAGUUUGUAAAGUGCCAGGUCAUUAUGUUGUCGUAAUCUCAUGAAUAUAGUAAAGAAUGGAGUAUGCUUAAUGUGUUUUAUGCUACCUUUUAAAACUGUUAAGUUACUAAACAUGGUUACCAACUCACAUAAAUUAAAUUUUGAACGUUCGGAUGUAGUGAGCCUUUUAUUGUCUAAAUUCUGUGGCUUUGCAUUGAGCUACAGAAUGUAAUAUAAAUUUUAUUCUUGUUAACUCUGCUUUUCAAAUGUUUGUGGAGUGUAGAGAGGACUUUGGGUUCAAAUUCUGUAAAAUAGAAACCCUAAUUUUUGUGUGUGCAUGAAUGUUGGUUGGGAAUGGAGGUUUAACUUCAUGUCGAGGAAUUUCAGUGACACAGGCCUCUUGGGGUCUAGUAUGCCAAGUCCACUCCAAUUUGAUGAUUCCACAGGAAUUUCCCCAGUUUUAACCAUGAUGUAAUUGUCAUAUCAAGGACAUUAAAGAGAGUUUGUCACCAGCCAGAAAUUUUCUGGUUAAAUCCCAACCCAAGAGAUGGCUUGGCACACAGUAGGCAUUGCUGCAGAGUGCAGACACAAUUUUGCAUUCAAGAUAUAUAUAAAAUGUUGCUAAGAGUUCAUAUAUCCCAGAGCACUGAAAAUGUACCCAGAUGAAGUUAAACUGCAGAUAAGUUAAGAAUCCCAUGAAAUGAAAGUUUCCGUUUCAAUUUCUUGAAUUUCCAGUAAUAUGUGUGAUAUGAAGAUAUUGGCAAACCUGAAAUUUCAAGAACACUUUCCAAAUUUAUGAAAACUGCCUAAGCAGAAACUGUUUGGAAUAAAUUCUCAGUAACUCAGAUUUACAGAACUUGUGUAGGACCAGAAUCUUGACAAUAAAAAUUCUCAGUAUAUGGUGCCAUGUUCAUAAAUUUUAUUUUAUUGUAAUGUUGCAAUCAAAUUCAAACCUGUCUUAUAAAACAAUUUUGCAUCAUGGUUACAUUCUAAAGUAAUGUCAGCUCACAGAUUAUACAGUUCUAAAUUGUCUUAUGAACAUUUCAAAAUAAAUUACCAUCCUGCACUAUAACUCUGCCCUUUGAGAUUAUGGUACAACCAAAAUUUAGUGCUUAACCUCCCAAACAGAUUUUGGAUAAUCCCAAGCUCUCACUGUCACUAAACAAUGAAGAAUCCUGCACUGGUUAUUCAUGAUUGUCAGCAAGUGAACAAAUCAAACCAUAACUUUAAAACCACAGACCAUAGCAUGAUUCAUGCCACCUUCAAAUAGUGUUAUUGAAGUUUCUUGCUUGAGAGUCAUAUCCUUGUUUUCAGACCGAAAAACUGCCACACUGUGAAGCGUGAUUGUUAAGUGAGUAAAUAACAUGUGAAUAUAGUUAGAAAGAAUUAACUUUUUUUGCCUUUACUAUAAAAUAUUCUGUGUAUCUGCAAGAGCUCUCAUCACAAGAGCAUAGAGCCCAACUGGAUUAGAGGUUAUCCAAAUUUAAUGGAUCAGAUGGGGUGGUUAUUAUGCUAUGUAGUGGUGAAGUGAAGAACAUGAGAAGUAUGUGGUGGGCAAAUCACCAGCAUGAUGUAUUAAUGUUUGUAGCUGUUGGACAAUCUUAAUUUAUAAUGAAAAUGAUUAAUUUGGUGGUGGGACCAUUUCAUUAUUCAUUCUUUAUAUGGGAAUGUCAUUAUUAUAAAGUUUAUUACAUGAGGAUAGAAGCUUAAUGUGUAAAUACUUUGUAUCUUGCUAGGAUCCACAGUAUUCCUUGUUUUACUCGUAGCACUAUUGUGAUGAGGGAAGCAAGGUUUUUUUGAUAUUCUAUGUUAACAUAUUUUUUUAAAAUACCCUAAUGUCAUGGUAAUCUGUGUAACAACAUAGCAUUAUAUCUAAGAGAAUAUUGAUGUGAGUCUGUCUUGGUAACAGGUUGAAAUGCUACUCAUUUCUGUGUGAACUUGUGAGAUCAUAACAUAUACAUGGACCCCAUGUAAUGUAUUUUGAGAAAGUAUAUGAUUUCCGAGUGAAACAGUUACUCUUAAUUACUAUCUGCUUUUUUCUAAGUACUAUUAUACUCUAUUGGGUAUCAUUCUCCCUUUAAUCAACUCUUCUGAAUAGAGUUUUUGUGAUAGGACAGAUCUGAUCAUCGCUUUUUAUUUUGUUAGAACACAGAUUUUUUAUAUCAUGCUAUUUUAUGCAAGUUAAGGCUCCAUGUACUAAAAAUGUUGUUGAUAAUUCAUAUAUUUAAUUUAUUUAAACUGUUGAAUGAUAGGUGUAGUAUGAUAUUUUCAUGUGCUCUGUAAUUACUUGCUUGCUUUAUUUGCAUCUUGUGAGAGGACUAGUCCUGAAAUAUCGAGUUUUAUUUGCAAUAAAAUGGAAUGAUCUCCUGGUAUUAAAAAUGGCUUUUACUGUGUUUCUGAGAAGAAAUGAAAGAAGUAUUAUUAAAUUUUUGCUACGUUAAAUUCUCAUUCCUCCCUGUUCUUGUACCGGCAGUUGUUUCAUAUAAAAUUACUGUCAUAAAUCUUCAGUAUUGCUAUGUGCAGUUGCAGGAAGGUGUAAUUGUGACUGGUUGGCUUAGGAGAUGGAAUUAGCUGGACUCCAUAGCAGUUGAAUACAGAAUGGGAGUACAAAACUGUAAAUUAUGUGGUUCAGUAUGUUGAUGGAAUUGUUGGAAUAUACCAGAAUGCAGGUACAUGGUAGGGCUGCCAGAUUUGGUAAAAUAAAAAAAGGAGUGAUGUCUCGUUGCUUGUUAUAAUGACAUUUUUCACAACUAAUAGGCUAUAAAA